AUGGCACCCAAGAAAACCAGCACUAAGACCAUGAAUAAGGGCAAGAAGCCCGCAACGAGCAAAGGCAAGGAGAAGCCGAUUAUCAAGACCGCUGUCAAGAAGGUUGCGGCAAAAAAGGAGGAACCAUCCUCCAAGAGUUACAGAGAGCUGAUCAUGGAAGGACUUACGACUUUGAAGGAACGUAAGGGUUCCAGUCGUCCCGCCCUCAAAAAGUUCAUUAAGGAGAACUAUCCAAUAGUCGGUUCCUCUAGCAACUUCGAUUUGUACUUCAACAAUGCCAUUAAGAAGGGCGUUGAGGUUGGCGAUUUUGAACAGCCAAAGGGUCCUGCUGGAGCUUUGAAACUGGCCAAGAAGAAAUCUCCAGAAGUAAAGAAAGGGAAAGAUACCAGCCCAAAGCCCAAGGCAGCAGCAGCCGCAGCAGCAGCAGUCACGACUACAACAGCGUCAAAAAUGAAGACCGCAUCCAAGAAGCAAGCGCCAAAGAAAGUAGUGAAGAAGAAAUCGCCUAUCGUGGCCACCAAAAAGGCAUCAUCGCCUUCUUCAUUGACCUACAAGGAAAUGAUCCUAAAGAGCAUGCCCGAACUCAAUGAUGGUAAGGGCUCCAGCCGUAUUGUUCUCAAGAAGUACGUCAAGGACACCUUCUUAUCCAAAUUGAAAGCCAGUCCAAAUUUUGACUACUUAUUCAAUAGCGCUAUCAAGAAAUGUGUUGAAAACGGUGAAUUGGUACAGCCAAAGGGCCCAUCCGGCGUUAUUAAACUGAGCAAGAAAAAGGCUAAACUAUCCACCUGA